CAGCUCCAGAGCGCGCGGCGCACCAUGACAGAAACUCAUUGAGCAAAUCUAACAAGUCCAGUCAUGGUGUUCCUGAAUCAUUAAGAUAAAACCCGAUACGGCUUUGAUUAUUCCUGUCAAUGCAUAAAGCUGUGACUUUUCCUGCGAGGACAGCAUGUGGAAACCCACAGGGGGACUCGCCUUCAGCUCAGCGGGACUUCGCGGGGCUGCCGCUGGGGUCACCUGCCUGCUGACCGGGAUCCUGCUGCUACUGAGCGGCACCGGACACCCGGAGGAGCCACCGGCUGCGGGGACGGGUUUCUCCGCUUAUAUCAGGACUCUGACCCGAGAGAGGAGAGCGGUAAGAAGCCCGCGGAGCAGCGCGCUCCAUGGAGCUGUGGAGCAUCUGUCCCAGGAUGACCUGUUCAUAGCGGUGAAAAGCACCAGAAGGUACCACCGAGACCGGCUGGAGCUGCUGCUGGACACCUGGAUCUCCAGAAACCUCCCACAGACGUAUGUCUUCACUGAUGGAGAGGAUGAAAGGCUGGAGAAAAAGAUGGGAGCUCAUCUGAUCAACAGCAACUGCUCGGCUGCCCAUACUCGUCAGGCCCUCUCCUGUAAAAUGGCUCUGGAGUACGACACGUUUCUAAACUCUGGGAAAAAGUGGUUCUGUCAUGUUGAUGAUGAUAACUACCUGAACGUUGGCUCCCUCCUAAAGCUGCUGUCACAGUACAGCCACACACAGGACGUUUACAUCGGUAGGCCCAGCCUGGAAAGGCCAAUUGAGGCAACAGAGACUCUAAGCAUGACUGAGAUGAAACAAGUCCGUUUCUGGUUCGCCACAGGAGGAGCGGGCUUCUGUCUGAGCCAUGGGCUUGCUCUAAAGAUGAAACCCUGGGCCAGUGGAGGAACGUUCAUGGCCACAGCUGACCACAUUCGCCUGCCUGAUGACUGCACUGUUGGCUACAUAGUGGAAGCGUUGUUGGGGGGCUGCCUAACCCGCUCAGCAUUGUUUCACUCCCACCUUGAGAACCUGGGAGUGGUUACAGACAUACACAACCAGGUUACUCUGAGCUACGGCACUGUGGAAAACCGCAGGAACACUGUUAAUGUGAAAGGACCAUUUUCCACUAAGGAGGAUCCCACCAGAUUCAGAUCUGUCCAUUGUCUGUUGUACCCAGACACUUCUUGGUGCCCCAGCCUCUUGUGACUAUAACCUCCAUCUAAAGACAAAGGAGAGAGCGACGAACCAAUGGAACUGGAGCAGAUUGGUGCUAACCUGCACUGACAGGCAGGAACAGGAAAUGUUUUCCUUACAUUUUGCAACGACCCUUUUUAUCAAGAGCCUGCAUUCGUUCUUACCCUGCAUGCGUAUCACUCUUUGGGUCAAAGGGCCUCGAAAUCAAGCCAAUAAUCACAAAUCCCUUGUUCCUGAGUGAAGUAACACAGAAAAGUCCUUUACUUUUAUGCUAAAGAACAGAAAUGAGGUUGUUUGGCCACAGAGUUUCGGUGCUGUUAAGCUGGGAAUAAAUAGCCAGAAAUAGUAUCUAUUUAGUUUUUAUUAGCCAAACCAGUAUGUGACUUUAUAAAUGGAUUUCAUAACUUUAAAUUUGAAUGAACCCAAAUUGAAACGCAUUUUAUGCUGAUGAUCCAUGCCUUCAUCUGUUUUUGAUGUACAGCUAAUGCCAAAAUGUAUUUAUAUGUUCAGCAGAUUAAGGUUGAAUGACUGAUUUUUUUUUUUUUUAACAAACAUGUUUUUUUGGAGUAUGGAGUAUUUUUUAGAGUGACCUGGAACCUAUGAAGGAAGCCAUAGAUUAGGGUGAUGGCAAUGUUGCCUUCCAACCUCAGACUGUAAAGGCAUAAUUUAGAUCAGGGGUCACCAAUGUAGUGCCUUCUGAAAACAGAAUAACUCACCAGAGGGCUAAGUUUGAGAUUUCAUUGUAUUCUGAUGCACUUCUUUUUUAAUAAUUUAAUCAUAUAGAGAAUUUAGACAUUUAUAGAGAUUUCAAAAUGACAUCUAAAUUAAUAAAAAAUUGGAAAUUAAAGGAAAAAAUAUAAAUAUGUUUAUUAUGUGUAAGGUUUAGGUGAACACUGACCCCUCCAGUUCAUAGGUCAGUAUUGGUAGCCCUUCCUAUGGCUCUGCUGUAGAUCUCAGCCUUAAUAAAGUUGCUGACCUCUGGUUUAAAUGCCAGUGGAAACAAUUACAGCAGGAAUCAAAAAUUCAACAGAAUUUAAAAUCUUCCAGGGGUGUGAAUAGUUACCAGUCUUUGGCGGUGUAACAGCACCACAUUCAGGCCUAAGUGAGGCCAUAGAUACUUCAGCACUUUGGAGGAUUUCUGAGUUCUUGUGUGAUUGAGUGUAAAAGAUGUAGGAAAACUAUAAAUAGAAAGAUUAUCUCAGCCUUCUUGCUGACAAGGAUUUAUCAUGUUUUUGGGAGCAACGUUAUAUCAUUUCUUUGGCAAACUGCUUGACUUUUAAACUCUUUUUAAUUACGACAACAUAUCAAGUCUUAACUUGUGCCUGUCUUUCUUAUCCAAGUGAAUUACUUCAUAUUUUUUUAGUAUGCGCUAAUCAUUGUACAAACUGAACCUUUUAAGGAUGACAUAAAUGAGCUUUCUCUGCCUCCUCUCUAUCAGAUUGCUCUGUGAAGGACUGUGGAUAAAAUGAAGUAAUCUAGGAAGAAAGACUGCCAUUUUAAUUCCAUGUUGAAAAGUAUUAACCUAUAUUUGAUGUAUAUAUGUGAGAACUUUCUUGUUUUCUCUUUUUACACUGGCUCUUUUUAAUAGAAGCACCUGGAUACCAUAGGGGAACAUUUUGGCAGAUAAAUUUGUGAGACAUUUCAAAACGAAUACUUUCAAAGUUUCUCUGCUGCGUUAUCCUUGAAGGUCAUAGCUUGCAACAUUUUCCCUUUAGCUAAAUUUCUAUUUUGAACAAUUCAUGAAGUCUAAGUGGACUUUUCUUGCUCUAUUCAAGAGAAAUGGAUGAACUGUGAUUAGCAUGAAGUUUAGACUGCUCUUACAAUGUUGCAGCAGUCCAGCUCUAAGGUAACUCACGUUGAGUUGUAUCUCAUCUUUCUGUGCAUUUAUAUGCAGCUUUUGUCCCUGUGCUCCAUGUUCUAUCCAGUAUCUGGAUUGUAUGUAUACAUUACGGUCAAUAAAACUG